AUGGCGCUGGAGCAGGCGCAGGCCGAGGGCCCCGCCGCCGCCCCGGACAGCGGCCUGUUUGUUUCGCGCAGCGGGAGCGGCCUCUCGGCACCGGACGGCUGCAGCGAGGCGGCGAUCGCCGGCCGCGGCCCCAGUCCCGGCCCCGGAGAGGGGGAGCCCGCCGCCGCCGCCCCCGGCCAGGCCCCGGGCGAGGGGCAGCCCGGGCCCGGCGGCGUGGAGGCCGGAGAGCAGAGCGGCGGGGCGCCGGAGGAGGCGGACGGGGAGGCGGCCCCGGGCAGGCCCUCGCAGAACAUCGCGGUGCAGACUGACUUCAAGACGGACGAUAUGGAUGUGAACACGGAUCAGGACAUCGAGAAGAACUUGGACAAGAUGAUGUCCGAGAGGGCUUUGCUGAAGGAGCGUUACCAGGAGGUGCUGGACAAACAGAGGCAAGUGGAGAACCAGCUGCAGGUGCAGCUUAAGCAGCUCCAGCAGCGGAGGGAGGAAGAGAUGAAGAACCACCAGGAAAUCCUGAAGGCAAUCCAGGAUGUCACCAUCAAGCGGGAGGAGACAAAGAAGAAGAUGGAGAAAGAAAAGAAAGAAUUCUUGCAGAAGGAGCAGGACCUGAAAGCUGAAAUCGAGAAACUCUGUGAGAAAGGCAGAAGAUUGCUGAAGGAGCAGGAGGAGAAGGAAAACAAGAUUGCUUCCCUGAUUGCAGAGCAGUCUGACGAGAAGCAGCUGUGGGAGAUGGAGCUGGACAAGCUGAAGAACCAGCACAACGAAAUCAACAGGAACAUUCUUGAAGAGACAGAGCGGGCCUGGAAAGCAGAGAUCCUGUCCCUGGAGAGCCGAAAGGAGCUGCUGGUCUUAAAACUAGAAGAGGCAGAAAAAGAAGCCGAGCUGCACCUCACCUACCUCAAGUCUGCACCGCCCACGCUGGAGACCAUGAGGCCAAAGCAGGAAUGGGAGAUGAGGCUCAACAGGAUACGAAUGACCAAGGAAAGCGUCCGAGAUCAGUUCAACGACCACAUUCAGAUGGUGAGAAACGGAACCAAACUGAGCAGCCUCCCGCAGAUCCCAACCCCGACGCUGCCACCUCCACCCUCGGAAACAGAUUUCAUGCUGACGGCAUUCCAGCCCAACCCAUCCCUUACUCCCCGGCUGCCGUUCCCCAUCGGACCCGUCCCCGUGCCCAUGGUCAUGCCAAGCGCCGAUCCCCGGGCGCUCUCCUUCCCUCUCCUGAACCCCGCCAUCUCCAGGCCCAACCAGCCCUCCCCGCCGCUGCCCGCCUCCCAGGGCAGGAGCAGCCCCGUCGUGGCCUCGCUCAUGGGCACCCACGGCCCCCACCUGGCUCCCGCCGCCUCCAUCCCCCCACCGCCCGGCCUGGGGGGAGUCACCGUCACGCCGGAGUUCCACAGGCCGCAGCCGGCUGACAAGCUGGAGAAGCUGCUGGACAAGCUGUUGGCUCGGUUUCCACAGUGCAACAAGGCCCAGCUCACCAACAUACUGCAGCAGAUCAAGACGGCUCGGAGGACCAUGGCGGGGCUGACCAUGGAGGAGCUGAAGCAGCUGGUGGCGGCCAAGCUGGCGGAGCAGCAGGAGCGGGCAGCGGCUGGGGCUCAGCCGCUGGGCCGGAUCCGCGCGCCCAUGUUCUCUGCCCCGCUGCCGCAGAUCAGCACGCCCAUGUUCCUGCCCCCGGGCCAGGUGGCUUACCCCGCGACGGCGGCCCACAGCCCGGCUGCCUGUAAGCUGUGUCUGAUGUGCCAGAAGCUCGUGCAGCCCAGUGACCUUCACCCCAUGGCCUGCUCGCAUGUGCUGCACAAGGAGUGCAUCAAAUUCUGGGCACAAACCAACACGAACGACACGUGCCCCUUUUGCCCGAGCCUCAAGUGACAGCUGCAGGAGCAAAAUGCUGCCCUGGGAGGAGCUGCUGUGAAUAGACAGGAUCAGUUGGAAGAUUUCUACAGUUCUAUAUUUAUACGACCAUGUAUACACAUGUACAUUUUUAUUCUAUAGGUAAUGUGUGUAUAGAAAGUCUGUAUACAUACGAGUUCAUAAAUAAAGUGUGUAUAUUAUGCAGCCA